ACCGGUAAUUGUUUCGGCAAGAGUGGAUCCAUCUAUCUUCAAGAUCUACCUAGUACCUUAGCGAUACUGGGGGAUCGGUGCCUUCUCUUUGUUCCACUUUUUCUCUUAGUAGUUGCUCCACUAACUCAGGACCUUUCCCCUGACGUCUACUGAGCAAUAGCGCCGAGUCACGACAUCAUUGACAAAGCAAAAUGGGUUUAUAUCAGCCCUAUACUGGGAUCGAUGAUCACUUCAUACUAUCCAUGAUGCCUUCAGAAUGAGGCAGCUUUUAUGAUAUAAAUCCAUUGCUGACCCAUGAAUCCAAGAUGAAUAAGUUUGUGUUAAAGUAUCCAUACCGCGAUGCAUAUCUCACCUUGUACGUACGGUAACAUACUACUCAGUCGGGCUUCUCUAGUCCGUCUCACUACCUGCCAUCCAAGCUUCUAUUUGAAAAAUUUGUUGAGAAUUGCGUCAAGCCCGGAAGCAUUUCCAGGCUUGACUCAUCGCCGAGAGGCCACGUCAGGAUACAGCACGCUGACAGAGAACAUGAAUGCCAUCAAGAAUACCCUCGCGGAGAACAUUGGCGGCAAAUUCCAAAAUAUUGGAACUCAUCAGUUCAGUCUGGACCAAGUUCCCGAUUUGACGGGAAAGGUCGCAGUGGUUACAGGCGGAAGUGAGGGCAUCGGCUUCGGCUGCACUCAUACGCUUCUAAAGCACAAUAUUGGAAAAGUCUAUAUUCUCUCCGUCUCGGAAGAGGAAGGCGCCAAAGACGCCAUCGCGAAGCAACUAGGCCAGCAAGCGGCAGACAAGACCAGGUGGAUACGGUGCGACUUAUCAGAUUGGUGGAAGGUGAAGGAUGUCGCUGAAGAGAUUUCGAAGGAGAGCGACAGGCUCGACAUCUUAAUCAACAACGCAGGUAGAGGGAUUAUGACUUAUCAACUCACCGACUAUGGCGUGGAUAGGCAUAUGGCCGUUAAUCAUAUGGGCCAUGCGAUUUUAACAUCACAUUUGCUUCCAUUGAUGAAGCAAACCGCCGAGAAGGGUAACAUUGUGCGCAUUACGAAUCAGGCUAGUAAUGCACACCAGGCCGCCCCGAGCGAUACGAAAUUUGAGAGCUUGGAGGAGUUGAACCGCGACCUUGGGGCUAAUGCUCAAUAUGGACGCAGCAAGCUUGCCAAUAUCCUCUAUGCCAGGUACUUUACGGAGAAGGUGACGAAGGCGGGUUAUCCUAAGUUGCUCAUGAAUGCAACUCAUCCGGGGUUUGUGAGUACCAAGAUGAGCAAGGAAGAUAUCUUUGAACCGUUCCCGCUCGGUGGAUACGCGAUGGCCGUUGGCAUGGAGCCUUUCAAAAAGGACCAAUUCGAAGGCGCAGUCUCAGCAAUGUUUGCUUCCACGUACACGGAGAAGUCGGGCCAAUACAUUUGCCCACCGGCUGUGCCCGAGUCGGGAAGUAAGCUCUCACAAGAUAAGGUGCUUGCAGACAACUUGAUGAAAUUAACUUGGAAAAUUGUAACGGAGAAAACGAAUGACGGGGUUGGAUCUUGUCUUUUACUGAACAACUAAGUCUCGUUAGGGUUUCUACCUAGGAAUCAUAAUUCUGUUGCUGAAUUACAUAAUUAAAUUGAUUACCUAAAAAG